UUUGUUUCAAAUGUAAUUGUUUAAUCAUAGCCUACAAGCCGAGCAGAUUUGGACGUAAAGCCUGGUAAAGAAAAUAUUUUGUUUCAAUAUAUUUCCGUGCCGAGCGCUUACAAAAUUCCGCCUGCUGAAGUUAACACGGGUUAUGCUGAGAAAUCGGUUUGGAAACUGUAGCACUCCGUUCUCCAUGUUGGUUUCAUUUUCUCAACCAACUUUGCUUGGGGAACGCUUUCUACUUCGGAGCCUCAAUGGAAGCUGUUUCAGGUUAAUGCACAGUGAGAGCUCGCUGUUACGAUUGGGUAACGGUUAUGUUCAACGGCGUAUUUCCCAACCUACAGGUUUAGACAGACCGCUUUAUGUUCCAAUCGUCGGAGAAAAGGCGUGACUGUUGAAAAUCUUCAGCGAAUAGUGAAAUAUGGGCGGGCAUGGAGUAGCUGGUUGAAGUCCUGUACGAAGGUUGGCUGCAGCGUGUGUUUAUUGAUGAGAUGAAAGAAGAUGGAAGUGAGAAAUGAAACAAAGUAAGGGAAAAUAUUGAAAAACGCAAAAUCUUGCCGGUGGAAAAAGUGGAGAGGCUGUGAAUCGCAGUUGCCACGAGGGCACGAGAAGGAUAACAGAACAGAAGAUCAAGAGACAUCACACUGGAAAAUGCAGACUGUGAGAAUCCAUCUGCAGACGUGACUGUAAACUGGAAUGAGCCAGAAGCAAGGAAAUGCAGUGUGGAGAAAAGCUUCCAUGCUCUUGGAAUGGUUACAUCAGUUGCAAGGGGAUGACCGAGCGCAUUCACAACAUCAAUCUCCACAACUUCAGCAAUUCUGUACUUGAGACCCUCAAUGAGCAGCGCAACCGCGGGCACUUCUGUGACGUGACUGUUCGGAUCCAUGGAAGCAUGCUUCGAGCCCACCGCUGCGUGCUGGCUGCCGGGAGCCCCUUCUUCCAGGACAAGCUGCUCCUGGGCUACAGUGACAUUGAGAUCCCCUCAGUGGUCUCGGUGCAGUCCAUUCAGAAGCUGAUCGACUUCAUGUACAGCGGAGUGCUGCGGGUGUCCCAGUCCGAAGCUCUGCAGAUCCUCACAGCCGCCAGCAUCCUGCAGAUCAAGACCGUGAUCGACGAAUGCACUCGAAUCGUCUCACAGAACGUGGGACUGGGCGGGGCCGGAGGCUUGCCUUUUAUUCCUGGGGACUCUGGGCAGGACACGCCUCGAGGUACCCCGGAGUCGGGGACCUCCGGCCCCAGCAGCGAUGCAGAGUCUGGCUACAUGCAGCCGUCCUCGCAGCAGAGCUUGGAGCGCGUGUACACAUCGCUUUAUUCCUGCUCCAAUCUCUCGCUGCAGAACGGCACCAGGGAACGCUCCUACUACGGAGGCGCAAUCGUGGGCGGCUUCGACUCGGCCCUCUCUGUACAAAAAGACCAGCAAGACCCCACGUGGAUCACUCGCAUUCACGAACGGACGCAGGAGUUGGAGCACUUUCUCGGCGCCCAAGAGACGACUCAUUGCCGAAAACAGCCCCGGCCCGUGCGCAUUCAGACGGGCGGGAUGCAGAUAAAGCAGGAAGCGGAAGACUACGACUACGGCUGCUACAACCAGGAGCGCAGCGAGUUUGAGGAAUGCGCAGAGGACACGGAUCAGGCUGAGGGUACGGAGAGUGAGCCCAAGGGAGAGAGCUUCGACUCGGGCGUGAGCUCGUCCAUCGGUACUGAGCCUGACUCUGUAGAGCACCAGUACCUGGUGGGAUUCGGGCGGGAAGGGAGUGGAGAGGGGAUGCAGGGCGAUGAACCCCCGUUACAGAUAGAAGUCAAUGAUUCCUCUCCUGAACAGAUGACCGAUGCUGAGGACAGAGCCACAUCCCAGAGUACAGAUGAUCUUAGCAUGUCACAACCCCCAGCAAACCACAUUGUAUCGCCUUCAAUAUCCAGUGCCCAUCUCUACCUGCGUCAGCCAGAUGCACUCACCAGCAACCUGAGGAUGCCCCUCACUCUGACCAGCAACACACAGGUCAUGGGCACUGCUGGAAACACCUACUUGCCCACCCUCUUUGCCACACAAUCCGCUAGCAGCAACAAGCCCUUCCUGUUCAGUCUACCGCAGUCUAUGGGGACCCAGCAACCGCAGUUUUUGGCCGUUCCACCUCCCAGCAUGCCUUCCUUCACCAACCAGCUGUCAGCCCAGCAGCCUUCGGCCCAGCAGCAGACCACCGGGGGCAUGGGACCGGGUGAGAAGAAGCCCUACGAGUGCACGCUGUGCAGCAAAACCUUUACUGCCAAACAGAACUACGUGAAACACAUGUUCGUGCACACUGGUGAGAAACCACACCAGUGCAGCAUCUGCUGGCGUUCUUUUUCCCUGAAGGAUUACCUUAUAAAACACAUGGUGACACACACAGGGGUACGUGCGUACCAGUGCAGCAUCUGCAACAAGCGUUUCACCCAGAAGAGCUCGCUAAACGUCCACAUGCGCCUGCACCGCGGGGAGAAGUCUUACGAGUGCUACGUCUGCAAGAAGAAGUUUUCCCACAAGACCCUGCUGGAGAGACACAUGGCCCUGCACAGUUCAAGUGGCACUGGGGUUACAGUUGUCACUGGUGGAGGGUCAGGAGGCCCGGUGUCCAUCCCAGUGCCCAUGGCUGUUCCUGAACCUGGAGUAGGAACGGUUGCCCUGGCGAUGCCUGCGAGCAGUGGAGCCGGAGCAGGGGGCGGGGCUGGAAUUGGCAUGGGAGUGGGCGUGGCCACUGAAGCAGGCUGCCAGGAGGGGACCACCUACGUGUGUUCUGUCUGCCCGGCCAAGUUCGACCAAAUUCAGCACUUCAACGACCACAUGCGUAUGCAUGUCUCGGAUGGAUAAGUACAACAAAAAGAAAAGAAAAAUGGCACUAAAAAUUUUUUUUUCUUUUUUGGGGGCAUGAAGAGUAAUGAGUAUAGACACUGGCACAUUAAGUUUCCCAUACAGGAUGGUAUUCUCUUUUGGUAUUCUUAAAGAAAAAUAUGAUGGUGGCCUUAAGGCUAUGUAGUUAGACAAUGGUCCACUGGCUGGAUCUUCACUACAGGCCUCUAAAUGUAUGCUUUCCUCAAAUACUGAUUUAUAUGUUGAACACUACCAAAAGGCCUACUGUCUCUAGAAAAGAAAAGAAAAAAACAUACACACAAGCAUACGCACACAACAUAUAUACAUUUAUAAAAUGUAGAUUUUUCCCAUAUGUACCGUUUUGGACAAUGUAAGAGUCCAAGAUUACUGUGGUGUAAUGGCCUCUUUCAAAAAGGAUAAAGUAUCUUUGAGCUUUUGUUUCAUUCUAAAAGAGUAAUGAUGGUCACAAGUUUGCCUUUUUAUAUUGGAUAGGAAGAUGAGAGUUAUUCAUGUGAAACUUUAGAUAAUUGUUUAUUAUCGUGAUUACAAUGCAGCUGUUGUUGUUCAUAAAAUUUCAAAAUAGCGAUUAUGACUUCCUACAAGUGGGUAAAGCUUAUGAAAUAGGCAUUUGUGUUUCCAGCAGUAUUUGAGCAACAAAGUAAAAUAGUAAAGGGUUUUUUUUUUUCAAAUUUGCGUACACUGCCACUAUUAUCUUAGGAGACUGUUAAGGCAAUUUGACCUCUUCCACUUAGAAAAUGUGAGCUUAAACAGUGUAGAAGACUCCUUUUGAAAUAACCGAUCCUUUUAGUUUUUGCCUUUAAAGUUUCCAAUUUUGGCAGCAUUAGAAUUGUACGUGCUGCAUAGCCUGCCCUCUAAUUUGAUUGCUGCUCCUUUUCACAUUGCUUCAGACUGUUAUCAGCUGCUGUUUCUCUCCACCUUUUUAAAUAAUCUUUUUUAUAAUUAUUGAAAAGGCUUACCAAUAAUGAAUAUCACAGUUGUGGAUUUAAUUUGAACAUAAUUAUAGUGUUCAUUUUCAAUUGUCACAACCUCUUAUGGCCUUGUUCCUAUGUAUUUCCUUUUAGACAGACCAUGACUCAGCUGUUUGAGCAGCAAAAAUGCACUACUUUGAUAUAUUAGCCCCAUCUUGUGGAUUAAAUAGGACUUUUUCUAUUUAGGAGUUACAGGCAUUAUGAGAUUCAUGAGGCAAACUAAACCACAGAAUAAGUUUACCAGAUCACUUAUUACCACAGCUGUCAAUAUACCACAAACUUUCAGAUGGAUAUUGUACAUUCCUGAUUCCACAAUUUAAAAUAGAUAUCCGGUGUGCAUGAUACAUUUCUGAAUAGGUAACAUAUUAUAUUUCUGUGUCUCAUAUUAUUGGCUUGUUGCACAUUAUUGGGACUAUGAAACAACUGUUCUGAUAAACACAACUGCAAUCUGAAGAUUUUGCUUUUUUAUGUGUAGUGGACAUCGGUUGUAGCAUAUAGCAAAACCCAAUAGACCACGUUCAGUGGGGUGUUCCCUCAUUGGAUACAGUCUAAAAUAGUGAUGGGCACAGUGAGAUUUCAUGCAACCAUUUUGCUGUCAGUGAUUCACUGGUUUGAACGAAUUGUUUGCUGCAGAGAGAAUAAACAAUAGAUUUGUUCAAGGAAAUCAGUGAUUGGCAGCUUAUAGCUCCGCCGAUUAGGGGUUCAUGAAACCUGACUCCCCAUCACUUCUGUAAUAUAUUAGUAGUAGACUAAGGCCCAUGUUCAGUCUCGCCAUUGUGUGUACAUAUAUGUAUGUGUACAUAUAUAUGUAUGUAUACAACUUCUGUGUACAUGUGAUUGUGGACAAUACAGGAAAGUACAACUUGUUUCUUCAUCUGCAAACAUAUGUGAACCACAGUCGCUGUAUAUGCGUGCAAGUGCAUUUGUAUGUGAGUGUUUGUGUAUGUCUGUGUAUAUUAUGGUGUGUGUAAAUGAAGAACCGAGUUCUAUUUCCCAGUAUUGCGUGCAACAUCAUGAAUACAUAAGUUACAGAAAUCACAAAUAUGUUGCAUUAGCAAUGUAAAGGUAGCUAAAACUUCAUUUGAUUAUUCAAAGAUUAGGACAAACUAUAUUGCACAUUGCUAUUAGACUGAAUGAAGGCCAAGGUUGAACACUAAAAUAGUGCUAUUUUGCACAUAAUACUUAAGACAAUUUAUUAUAUGGUUAUCUUUAUAAAGGAAAUGUCUUUCCUUAAAGCUUGAGAAGAGGACUGCAUUGUUUUCUUGCAUAUAUGUUGCACUGCUUAAACCAAUAAGUGCACUACUGUUACCAGAGUUAUUAUAGUUUUAGAGAAUGUUUUUUUUUUUUUUAUCUAUUAAGGUUUAGAGUUCACUUUGUGUUAGACUAGUUUUGUUUUUUAUAAUGUAAUUCAAUGUUUCUUAGCUUUUAUCAUAUCUUGCUAUAUAUGUAUUGACUUGUGCAGUGUUUGUGCAAGCAUUUAUUUAAAUCCGAACCAUUGUGUGAGGUUCUUUCCACUGUCAUUCUUUUUUUUUUUUUAAAGUCAUGUCCUUCAAACGGCAGUUAUUUCAGUGCACAAAGUAGGACAAAUGUUGUUUUUCAUAUAGAAGCAUUCAUACCAAACAAAUGAAAAGAAAAGCAAAAAAAAUCCUUGUAGUGUGCUUGGGCAUAGCUGCUGAUUUUAAUGGUUUAUGGUAGGCUUUUCUUCUGGUACAUGUCUUUCUUUCAUUUUUUGCAUACUUAGAUAUCUGAAAAAUCUGUGUGUUUUUGACAUGAUCCAUUUGUACUUGUCCCAAGUCAAGUUGUGACACCUGAACUGUUGGGCUUCCUUUGCAAUACACAAUGCAGGUACUGAAUGAAUACAGCAGUUUCUACAGUAUAGUACGUAGUCUUCAUCGCCUUCUCCUUUAGAAAAUAUUUUUAAUAGCCAUUUUAUUCCAAUUCAUCUGAAAACCUAUAAGUGAGUGUUCCUUUUGAAAUAAUAAGAGAAUGGCUCACAUUUGAAAAAUGGUUGCUUUUUUAUUUUUUUAGUUAUUCAGAGUAAUUCUGAAUUCCUAUGGCUACUAAAAAGGAUAGCCGUUUGUUUUCGACUUGGACCCAUUUUUAUGAUUCUCCCACCAUGCAGGUCGGUAAUGAUAAUCAUUUUGUCAUGUCUUUCUUGUUUUCAGUCACCCUGUGAACCCACUCUGCUUUGCAAUGCAGUCCAAUAGGGCCACACAGACAUAACAAUAGAAAUUCAGCCAUGUUCAACAAUGCGGUAGGCAAAUGUAAUGAACAACUCUACCAACACUUCGCCCGUGCGCAUGAAUACAGUCUGCCACAGUACAAGUGAGGAAAUGUUUCUACAAUGUAAAAAUUGAAAAUGAGCAUUAUUACCACAUUAAAAACACAUUUCAAGGCUUGUUGGCAUAGCCCCAUUGGACUGCAUUGAGUGGAGUGGUCCUUGGGGUGACAAAAGCUCCACAAAAAAAGAUGUGACAAAAGUAUUAUCAAUUCCAGUCAGUAUGUUGGAAAUAGUUUGGAAAAAUGGGUCCAAGAAAAAAACAAACAAAAAAAAAGAGCUGUCCUUUAAAGAAAGCUACUGUAUGAGCUGUGAGUUAUCAAUGCUGACUGGAUGGUGCUGUCAGUUAAGGCAGUAUUUUGGUCUAUUUUUCUGAGUACUGUUAAAUACUUCAAAUGGAAAAGGGGAAAAUGUCCACAACUUUGUCCAAAACUACAAUUUUGAGGCUCUGUGUUCUAGCCAGUUUAGAGGACUUGAAAAUCCACAUCUCCGGCCUUUGUAUUGCACAUGUUAGGGGCUUUAUAUUAGACAUAUCAGUCAGAAAACAAUCAGACCGAUUCUCCAAUGUUGAACAAUGUUUGUGAUUCAGGGUUUCCAGUUUGACUAAAUUCUUCAGUAAUUGAGCUGGUUGCCAUUUUAAUAAUUGUCGUCAGUAGGACUCCUGGGGCUGGUUUGUAUAUAUCCAAAUACAAAAUUUUAUUUAACUAUCCGAUGUCGGUAGCAGAAUAUCCAGCUCUGUAUCCCCGUAGUCAAGUGCUGAGAGGGUUUUGCAAUGCAUUACUGAUGCCAAAAUAAGGAUUGCUAGAACCGUACUGGUAGAGUCAAAUCAUUCCCAGCACAUUAAUAUGAUGGUGGCAUUUCUCAAUGCUGUACACCUCCCACAUUCCAUCAAAACCAAUUGUUUCUUCAAAAUCGUUCACAUCAGUGCCCAAGAAGAUAUAGUACUAAUGUAAUCAAUUAAUGAGUCAAUAUUGAGCAGUAAUCUAAAAUGAAAUGUUUUAUGUUAAGUUCAACUGUAAUAUCCAUUUUUUAUUUUUUCCUCUUGUUGGAGGGAGGGGGAUAUUUAGUUUUAACCUACUUAAAAUAUGUUAUUAUAGAGCCUUUUUACAAUUGCUGAAGUUGUGUGAGAAAAAGAAGACUACAUUGUACUGAUAUCCAGUUUCUACACUUUGGUUGCUUGAACAAGCUACUUAAAUGAACAUCUUGACUUGUCAUGUAGUAGAGGUAGAGACCUUUGGGUUGUUCAAGUCUGGGUUUAAUGCAGUGCUGGAUACCGUCUAGUUUUUAAGUAAUGGCAAGCUGAGAUUGGAUGAUUGGCCUGUUAUCAUCACGUAUUAUUAUGUCCUUAUGUUCAUAAGCACGCUACAAUUAGUUAAUUUCGUAAUGUGUAACUCAAAACUUAUAACACAUUUUCUCUGCUCAUUGUUGGUUCUUGCAUAAAGGCCCUGUGUCUUAUUCAAACAGUAAUAUGAAAUGACAAUUGAUGUGAAGUGUGUUAAUGAGAAAAACCUGGCAGAUUAUAACUAUACUUCGGCAACAGGCACUUGGAAAACCAUUUCAUAUUUACUGGUUAUAACGUGUGAUUUAAUACAUCUUAUUUGGAAAUAUGGUUAUUCAUACAGUAUGGAUCCAGCCCCUGGUCUUUAAAGUACGCUAUCAUGCAUUGUGUCAAGUGAUCAGAUUUUUGACUAUGGUUUUAAUGUAUUAAGGUGUCUGCUGCUCAGUGCUCUGGGCCAAAAAGCCCAACAACUUAUACAAGAGACUAGACAUAAACGUGUUAUAAGUAGUUUAUUUACCCUGUGCUGUUCAGAAUUUAAAUAAUUGUGCCUGUGUAGUAACAUUCAUUUAUUUGUAGAUAAAAUGCUCAAUAGAGCAUUGCAAGGAACAAAAAGAAAAACAUAGGCCAUAAUAAUCAGAUAAAAAUAUCUUAUGUAAAAAGGUUAAAGAUAAUUGCCCCUUCCUUCUCUGUCAGUUUGUUACUGCUGGUAGAAAGUCUUAAAAAUUAAGAGAGAUUGACAAAACUGUUGGCAAAUUAAUGCAAUCACAAAUUAUAUUGUGUGUAAAUACUGUAGUUAUUUACGUCAGAAGCAUAAAUGUGUGGUUUUCUCUGAAACAGAACAUGCAGCCAGUGCCUCAAUAUAAAAGACAUUAAUCCUGGUUAAUGGUUAUAGUUUUUGAAUGAUAGAAAUUGUUAUUAAAAAAAUUGUAAUUUUCAUUUUUUUUUUAAAUUAAGCAUCAUUUGAUAAACAAAAGCUUUAAUUUAAUGCUUGCCAUUUCCCUUAAAACUUGGCAGAUAUGCUUUCCAAAUUAAUAUGACUGAUCAAAAUAUAAACAUUAAUGUGCAUUAGGAGCUGCCUUCAUUUCUUCCUUGAACCUGCUGUAUACCAUUGAUACUGAUAUAUGUGCAGUGUUAAUUCAACACUAACUGUGUUUAGAGUCCAAAUGUGUUUAAGUGUAUUCUAUCAGAGUAUAAUCAGAGUUUAUUUAACACUGAAAAUCUUGCUGUGUAUAGAUAGCACAUAAUAUCUUAUUUUUCAGAAUAAUCUUUAAUCAAUAAUUAUUUACAAAACACAUGAUGUGUUGGUAUCAAUUGUAGUGAAUUUAUAAAAGGAGUCUUUGUACAUUUUUGGCAGUGUUGCACACAAAGAAUUGUUAACAAGCCAGUUUGUAUGAAGCCUUGCAGAAUGGCAUUAUACCAUUUUUUUAAAAUGUAGGAAUAAUAAAAUCAUAGAAGGAUAUUUUAUGAUAGUUAUCAUUCAUUCUUGGCUAAAGAAGUAAAAUAGCAUUUAGGGUAGUUUUUUUUUUUUACUGUUGCCUAUCGUCGUUGCUGAGUUAAAUCACUGAUAUAGCUAUGAACUUGCCAGGGGGUCAUAAAUAAAAUGUUAUUACUAAGCAUCCCCCUCCACCCAAUUCCUCAUAAGUCUCUGCUGAACAUUUUCCCCACCAGACCAAUUUCCAUUUAAAUGAAUGUUUUGAUGUUUUUCCUUUAGCCUUAUGAAUGAAAAGUAAAAUUAUUGAUUAAAUUUGACAUAAAUCGUGUUACCAUUAGAGUUAUUACCAUUAGUGUCAUAGGUCAUAGGUUAAAUAAUUUUAUUAAAUUUUAUUAUGAAUUUUAACACAAACUGUUAUGUGCAAAAACAACUGCCUUAGCAGCUGUAAGGCAUGUAUAGUUUCCCCAGACCAGUAUUGCAUUUACUGGAAAUAACUAAAUCAGUUUCUUAUUUUUUAACAUUGAGGCAAUUAAGAUUAAUGCCAAAAUACUGUACUUUACAUAAUCCAAUUCAUACUCUGUUCUGUUAGCUUGUCUGCAUUACAAUACUAUUCUAACAUCUUGCAGUUUCCAUAAUGUAUUUUAUCAGAGAUACCAUUGUGUUUGCAUUUGGAAACAUUUCUUUUAGCAAUGUUUUAUAGUAAGUUCAUUAUUAGACUGUGAUAUAUUACUUUCUUCGUAUUUACAGUAAAUUUUCAUAGUAUUACUUCAGCUUGUGAAACUCAAUACUUUAACCAACCUUACAGUACCUUCUCAUGCAUGUUAAUAUUUACAGAUGAUAUUACAGAAAAUAUAGGUACAUUAUUACAUUAUGCUCAAUUUGUGCAGUGCAUCUGAAUCAUUAUUAUUAUUUAUCUUUACUUUCACAGUUUUCAUUUACAUUUCAUUGCUAUCAUUCUCUGCAUGCCAUUAGUGAGAAGGGGAGAACAGCCAUUGAGAAAGUCACUGCAGUGCUCCAGUAGUAGAUUUUGCUUUGAAGGUAAUUGUCAAAAGUUACUGAAUAGACUUGAAUUUUUGGCAAAACUGGAAAUUAAAUAUAAAACACGUGCACAGUGUGCAAAGUUAAAAAUAUGGUCAAAACAAAUAAAGGUCUGUGCCCUGCAAAUGCUCUUGAGUUUAGUAGUAAAAGUUUUUUUGCAUUAAAUGUAUCUAUGAACAGAACAGUGCACUAGAGCACAAUGGCCACAGCACCAGCAAGAACAGAUCUUUGUGCUGAAUUUAUUGUUUUGCUGAGAACACAGUCUUGCGUGCACACACACACACACACACACACACUGCAUGCAGUUUGGGAAAAUUAGGUAACUACUUAUGCCUCAAGACAACCAUUAUAUACCGAUUAAGAUUUCACUCACCCAGACUUUUUAAACAACUGAUAUAAUAGGUUAGUAGUGAUUAAUGCAUUGUCAUGUUUGGGGGAAUAUAUUUUUGCUAAUUUUCCAAAUUACGUUUUCUUUCUAACAUGUGACUUGUAUUUUCUUUUAAUCAUGCUGGUAUAUAUUAUCCUUUUCAAACAGUCUAAUGUGAUCAUUUUCAUUUUUACAACUACACAUGGAACAGUACCAUAUUAUUCAUUAUUGCUACUCAACAUUAUGCUUUGCUUUAGUAAUACAUAAAUUCACAAUUAAUCCAGUAAAUGUCCUUUCUAUGUAUACAGGUGUUUUGCAAGACCAUUUUUACAGGCAAUGAUACUAGAGCUUUUUAUCCAUCUCUCUUUAACAAAAGUGAGAGAAAGUGAUUCAAAUUUAGGACAAGUAGUGUGCCUUGAAGUGCCUAUUUGUACAUUAUAAAAGACCAUCUUCAUAGCAAUGCAGUAGUUUUCUACAGGACAACGAAAUAAGUUUUCCCAAUAUGCCCUAUCCAACUGCAUAAAGGUUUUAACUAUAUUUAAAUUUCAUUUAAAACUCCAGGUCUAUGUAAGUAUUUUGUAAUGUUGCCUGCAUAGCAGCAGUAAAUCUUCUAGUCACUAAAGUCUGCAAGAUUCGUAAUAGACACAGGAGACAAGAGCAGUUUUGUGCUCAAACACUGUAAGGACAAAAUUCAUGGAUCAUAACAACACUUCAGUACAAAGAAGCAUUAAUAACUGCUAUUGGUGUAACACCUGUUCCACUGCUGUGCCUGGAAUAUUACACAGCUGACUUCUGUUGGACAAUUGAAACAUCAUAUGUUACUAACCAGCCAACUAGCCAACUAUUUUUAGCCUUUAAAAAUAGAUAUUCCCUUUGCUUAUAGUGGAAUAGACAGCUACCUAUUCAUGAAUUAUCAUCCAGAGGAAAAAACAGGACAACGCUGCAACAAAUGGUUUGACCGUGUUGCUUUUUGAUAUGCCAAUCUGCAUUUGUAUUUUUAGUUUCAGUUUUGGAAGCCACACACUAUAAAGAUGGCCCAAUAACACCCUUGCUACUUUUCAAAAUGUAAAAUUUUGGAAAACUUAUAAAAAAUAAUAUUUACGACAGCUGUGGAUGCCUUGCCGGCCUGCAGUCAAAAAUGAACACUUAUUACACUCAAAAGUACCAUCUUGCUACAAACAAGAAAAUAAAAAACAGCAAUAAUAAAUUGGUAUUCGUGAAACACUGAGCAAAAAAUAUUUACAUAAACUAUAGUACACAUUUUAUCAAUUUAAAUUAAGAGUCUUUAUUUCCUUUUAUGUUUUGCUUUUACCUAGUCCUUCAUACAUCAUACACACACACACACACACACACACACAAAUACACACAACUAUCAUGUACAAAGAACAGUACUUUGUAUCACUUUUCCUGCAAUACCUUGUCUAUUUGUUAAAUAAAUAAAUAAAUAAAUAAAUAAAUAGGUAUAUGAUUCUUCAGGAGUUGUGAUACUAGGUGCCAGAAACAGUAGUUGUAUUAUACCCUGCUGCAUGUUUUUUUAAGAUGGUCAUUUUUUUUCAUUUCCUCUUUAUGUGAAUUCACUUCAGUUCCUGCAUAAUUAUCUACAACUGUACUGUACUCUCAGUAUGUUUAUAAUAUUUCUUUUUCAAUAGACAUUUAGUGACAGUACACCUUCAACUAUGCCCAGCUAUUCAGCAACACUGUUUGACUGGUAUUAAUGUCUUAUAAAUUGACAUUUGCUUUGCAAUAUGUUUAAACCUUAAAGAUGAGUCCUUUCUGUGAGUGCCUAACAUCUAAGACACAAGUAAACACAUUUGAAACAUUGAUUCACAACACAGCCUGCAAAAGCAUUUGCCUGUCUGCAUAGUAUUGUCAAACUGGCUGUGGUACUUGUACAGUAUGCUAUUUAAGAACUAAACUGUAAUGAUAACUGCUAACACAUUGUGCACUUUGUGUGGAAUUACAGUGUUUGUGUGUGGCGUGUGUGCGUAUGAAGCUUCUUGUGUGUGGGGAGAGAAAAACAGUUUCGUAUUCAUAGCAAUAAUUUCUGGAUCCUUGUCCCCAAUGUCAUUGUUCCAUAUGUCUGACAUAUUGUGCUAUAGAUGUGCUAGAGGGAAUAAGAGAUACGCAUAUUGCCUUUUGAAAAUAUUUAUACCCAAUAAUGUAUUUACAUGGUGACAUUAUUUUGUGUCAUGUAAUACUGUCAAAUUGUUAGUUUAUACGUAUGAAAAUGCAUUUCUCAGUAUCUACAAUUUUCAGAUGUUUUAUUUGCAAAUAGUGCUUGUGCCUAUUGUCCAAUGUCAUUUUACUAUUCUGUUAAAUCAAUUGCAGAGCCUUCCCCCCUAAAACUAGGAUAUCUGUGUAUACUUCAUAAAUAUUUUUUGACUGAUUUUGGCUCCUUUUUUGGGAAAAAAAUGUAUUUUGUCUUUUUCUUUGGGCACAUCUUGUUCUUGGAGAAAAAAUGUUGAUCUUUCACACAAGAUAUUUAGUCGUUCCAACAGCAAAAAGUGUCCCCAUGAGACAGAAAUCUGCUUCUUUUGUCAUUUUUUUCUAUUUUGUAUGCUUCCAAUAGAAUGUCAAAGGGAUUUUACUUUUGAGCAUUAAGAAGUUUAUAGUUAAAUUUAUAGUUCUGUGCAAAACACCAAUUCCCAUUUGAACAAAACUGGUUUUCAUACUGUACACAAUUUUCACUGAACAGAAAUUACAAAUGCAUCAAGUUCAGCUUUAAGUAGGCUAUCCAUCUUUAUAUAACUCAUUGUUAUAAUUUUUAUUCACACUCUGGUCUGAUGAUGUCAGUAUCAGAGGUUUCACAUAUAGCUCCAAACCAACUAAAGUGCAUUUCUGAAUCACUCAAAUUAAAUAUGUGUGAAAGUGCCCUUGAAACACAUUUUCCUAAACAAUGUAAAAGUCUGUUGAUGGUAAAAACGCUAAGCCCAUGACUUCUCUAUAUUCAAUUUGUAUGUGUGAAAGGCCAUUUCCUUUUUAGGCAAGUCACACAAGCUUUGUUAUUUGUGAAACUGUGAAUAAAUUCACUCUAUUGGAAACAGGUACGCUAUCAAAAGAUCCAUAGAGAGAGAAAUUGGAUUUUACAGGGCUAUAUUUUGUUAUAUUUUUAUAUAGAUUUUAAUUCUAUUGUGUCAUCUUCUAAAUAUUUUCUAUUGACUGAAAAUAUCCUAUCGUCUUAAAAAAUGUUUUGAAGCAACUUUGAUAGAUUAGAACAAAAUUAAAACCUAUAAUUCUGAAGAAAAAAAACAAGAAAGACAUGUUAUGGGCCAUUGGUUUUGACAGUUGAUUUUGCAAAAUACUUAAGUGUUUUUUUAUUUUAUUAUUUCUCCUGUGGUAUUUAUACUGGUUCUCACACACAUACACAAAUACACUCACGCACACACACACACACACACACACACACACAUUAGGCCAUCAUACCUACAUUUGUGUUUCACAUAGUUCGUAAAAAGAGAAAGAGCUAAAGGUACUGAAACCAGGUGCCUGUUGUACAUGUGCUCAUUAAGAAAUUAAAUCAAGAUCCAAAUAGUCUUAUUUCUUGUCAGCAUUCAAUUUUAGAUGUUAUGUUUGAGUUUUAAUGAAAUAAAAUUGAACCCAAAGGAAUUAAGAAAAUAGUUGCUAUUACUAUUAUAACAGCCACAUUGCCUUGCUUUUUGUAGGAUUCAAUUUUGAAAUAUUGCAUAUGGAUCAUGCACAAAUAUUAUUCUGAACAAUACAUAUGCCAUUGAUAGACCCUGACCUGUGAAUACUCUUUUGCUUUUUUCAAAUUUCAAACCCCAUAAAGUAAUGGAAAAAAAAUAAAAUAAAAUGAAUUAUUGAAGGCUAAAAGAACUGACAGCCAGGUGUUGACACAACAAACCCAAAACCUGUAGCUUGCUUGUUAACAAGCUAUAACAGAACGCCUCAGUGAUUCUUUCUUUAUAUCAUGUUACAAAGCAAAUACUUCUGUUCAGAGGAAGAUCUCUUAUUUACUGUGUUUAAUACCUGGGGUGAGCACAUCAAGAUACUACAAUGGCUACAAAACACUUCGUAAAAUCCGUGGUUUGCUGAGCAUUUAUGCUGCGGAAUCUUUGCCGAUUAUCAAUAUACAGAGAAGGAAGAGUACAAUUAUCAAUGAGUUCAAAUAAGCUUGACAUAUAAGAAAAUUCUGCACAAACUUGUGAUUUAAAGAAUAACCUUAUCACAAAUUAAACAAAUAAAUAUUUUUCCUCCUAGCAUUGGUUAUUUGGCAAAUUGAUGGAAAAUGGAGCAAGUUCCGAAUUAUGUCAAGGUUAGAGAUUUUAAAGAUGUACUAUAUACUAAUUAGCUGGAAUGAGAUAAAUAGUGUAGUUAAUUUUUUACAAUACAAUUAUUGCACAGUAGAUAUCAGCACUCAUCACAAUUUAUUAAAAAGUAUUUGUAAGCUACUCUCCUCUACACUGUUCAAGUUAACAACAGUAACUUAGUGGUUCUUAAUAGAAAAUAGAAACCGCAGAAACCGCAUUGGGCUCAACAUUGGGCUCAACAUUUUAAUUUAUUUUGUUUUCUAAGUGUGUCAAAUAUCUAAUGUCAAGUUCAUCUUCACUUAUGGUGUAGCUCAUAGUACUGCAGGCAUGCCCUUUCCAGUGGCUGAAAAUCCACCUGGUGUAUGAUCGCAUUUCCCCCAGUUCAAAAUCGAUUUGUUAUAGUACCAAAAAGGUUCAAACACUACAGAUUUUCAGCCGUAGUUUGGUUAGAUUGCCUAGUCAAGCCUUCAUUCUUCACGCUGCAGCAUAAAUAGACUCAAACAGAGCGAUAAACAUAGACAGUCUGUUUUUAUUAGGCUAUUAUUAGCAUGACUGUCAUGUUUGCACCAGAUGCCUAUUUGCAGUUACACAUAUGCUCCAAGAUGUUAUAUACAUGUGUGACCGAAAUGGUAAAAAUGGAGCCUUUUUAUGUGCUCUGCAGAGUGAUGUUAUCAUGGCUUGGUUUAUCGUCAUCUCCUGUGGUAGUUUGCCUUUUCCUUAUAUCAGGACAUAAAAUCUUUAUAUUAAACUAGAAAAUGGGGUAUAUUGAUUAUAUGUAAAUAGAAAUGAAUCUCUCCUAACAUUUGUUUUAAGUGUUUGUGAAAAUGCCCAGAUUUUCUGAGUGGAGUUUCUUUCUAAACCUAAAAGCUUGUGUGAUUUCCAAAUCCAAAAUGAUUUCCUAGUUGAGUAGAAGUACUGCCUUCAUAGUUACCAUAUAUUUUAUUACAUUUAGUUUUAAUUGAAAUAUUCUUUGUGACAUGAAAUAAACAAAUGCUGCAAUAUGGGAGGCUAUUAAGAAACAUGGAAUUAGCUACUGAGUGGUGUGGAUCAUAUAUUCCACAUCGUCUGCUAAGUUAUCGAUUUAAAAUGUCAGAAUUAUAUCCCACCUAUUUCAAGAUCAUAAGCGACUACUACUGGCUAGAUGAAGACAUGUAUAAGAGGCUAGCUAUCAUGGGCUAUGAAUUCAAUUUAGCUUGAUAAUUUGCAAACACAGUUAAAUGGGAAAAUAAAAAAAUGACUAAAUGUAUAUAAUUUAUUAACAUGACAGCUGUAUGUCUGAUAUGGCAUGUCUAUUCUGGCUUUUCUAGUUAACUUCUGAUUUUUUUUUUUUUUUUAACUUUUUUUUUUGCAAGUAGAAGAUACACUACACCAGCACAGAUAACACAGGAAACAGUUUUCUGUAAUGCCUUGGAAACAUUCCUUGUUUUUUUAAAGAUGUUUCCUCUAAAAUAUUGAGAUUUAAUUGCUUUAAAAGCACUUCUUUUUUUUACACUUGAUUGUACAAGGCGUGCGCACACACACACACACACACAUACACACACACACACACACACAAAUCUUUAGUCAGAUGGUGACAAUUACCAGAAAGACUUUUAUCCCAGCAAUAACUGGUCUGCUUACAUACUGACUGGUAUCAUUAUGAUUCUGUUGCAUUGUUAAGAGUGAGGUGCUAACAAAUAAUCGCAUUAAUUUUAGACAGAGGUUUGAAGUUUUAAUUUAAUUCUGGUCUGAAAAUUAACUUAUUUUUCAGCUCCACUUUGGAUUUCAAAUUGAAAUAAAACAUUGUAACAGUGUUGUCAAAUACAUAAUUCUUCAUUUGUGCUAUUGGAACAUUAUACAAUUCUUUGAUUAGAAGAGGAGUGGCUUUGGCUGUACUAGGCCACAAGGUUAGCUGGGAAAACGAGAUCUAGUUUCACAAAUGUUUACGUCUCCAAGGCCAUACUAAAACAAACAAAAACACUCUGAAAGAUGCAAGCAUUCUUAUGAUCGGUUAUAUUCUUAUAAUCUUAAUGUAGUUUCUUGUUUCAUAAAGAAUACUUCCUAUUAUAUAGCUACACUGUGUAUACAUGUCUGUAUUCUGGAACAAAGAAAGCUUUUAAAAUUUCCACAUAAGCGAAAAAUCUGGAAGUCAGUUGCCUGACCAUGUAGAUAUUUAACCCCAGUGCAGUGAUGUAAUGCUUACGUGUAGUUAGAUUUUAAGUUUAUAUUACCAGACAAAACAAUGGAGGAGAUAAUUUAGCGUUGAAAUAUUUAAAUAUUAUGUGAGUGUUUAUGAAUCAUAAAAUGAAAGAUGUGUGACAGAAAUUAUGUGUUUUGAAUUAUGAGACAGAAAUACUGUGUUUUAUAUUUGGUUAUUUAAAUUGUAAUGAAAUAAGUACAAUAUGUAAAAUCAUUGGAGAGGUACCUGAAUUUGUAUCAUGAAUGUUUGUAUUUUAGAUGGACAAAAAAUGAACACUUCUACAUCCUAUGUGAAAAUAUUCAUAAGCACAGGCUUAACAGCUAUGCUUAUAAUACCUGUUGUAGACCAGAAUAUCUUUUGUUUUGUGUUAAACAGAAAUACAAAGGAAUUUGAGCAACUGUAAUACAGGACUAUAGGCAUUUUAUGAUAUGUUUUUAAAUGUAGCAUCAAUAUUUCCUAUUCUUUUUAAAGGUCAUAUUUCGAUUUUUCAACUAAAUAUGUCAUCUCUUCAGCAUUUAUACUCCUGCUAUACACAUUAAUUGUCCUGCACAUUUUAUUAAAAUAUGCUUUGUUAAUGGACAAUAGCACGUUAAGACAAUGAUAGCUUAAAUAUAUUUCUCGCUCAAUAAUUAAACACUGCAUUUCAGUGUACUGUUACAUUUUCCUGAAUGUUUCUUCAAAACUCAUAUUACAAAUGUUAUAAAUGUUCCCUGGGUAGACUCCCUAAAACAACUUCAUUUGAUUUCAUUAAGUCAUGCAGGUGUUGGUGAUGUGUAACUAUUGUUGGUGUGAAUAAACAGUAACAUAAACCUGAGAACUCACUGAAUUGGACCAAUCCAAGUGUAGAAUGCAAACUUGGAUUAUGCCAGAUUGUGCUGAAACUGCAUCCAUGAUACAAUAUUUACCAGUCACUCUAUACAAAAAUAUGGUGCCUGACUGCCUUGUUAUUAACAUGGUUAUUUUUCCCUGAAAUCUUCCACUGCUUCAAUGUUGCAGACUAAAGAAAGUUCACCAUUAGAACAUGUACAUACUUUUUGGUGUAGUUGUGUCAACCUUGCUAUUAUAAGGACCAAAUUCCCUGCUUAUAUGGUAGAACAUGUUUACUGUAGAAUUUGUUUUCCUUUUCGUACACCUUAAAUAAAAAAAUAAUGAUUAGGGAUUUUCCAUAUAUUGUAGGCAGAAUUUAACCACUUUAUAAUUAGAUUUACAAGGAAAUAAUUGUUGGCGUUAUGAUGAAGUAGAGUUACAUUUAGAUUGUUGUUGCAUUUUUUUUUUUUGCACUAAAAUUGUUCUUAUGCCAUUUAUUGGUAAAUAUAAUAUGUUGACUGUUACCAAAAUCCCCCACUCGUAAAUUGCUGCCGCUUCCAAUGAAUGAGAGUCAUGAGAUACGUGAGCACCCAGGUUGGCUGCCAGACAUUUCGAUUUCUAUAGCUUAACUGACAAAUCAAUACCUUUUUUACUAGCCACAUCUAUUUUUGCCCUUAACACAACGCAAUAGUCAUGAAGAUUCUGCUUUCUGAAUUGUCAUUUUAAAUCUACAUUUGAUAUUUAGCACCUUAAAUAUUUUUAUGAAAAGAUUCCCUUUUAGUUACAUAUUUAAAAAGCUAUGGAUUUUUUUUUUUACAGUUCCUUUUUGUCUGAAUAUAAUUGGAAUACUUCUCAUAAUUUCAUUUUGGGUUUAAAUAUACUGAAUAACAAAAGGUAUGACCGUUUGAAAUUGAGCUGUUCAGAUUUGUGCCCUUCAGGAUAUGCUGCAGUAAUGUUUUAUCAGCUGGUAUUCUUCAUGUGUGCUCUAAGUUGGUUUGUCUUUUUAUCGUUGUUAUGAAACAAAAACACAUUUGUAAUGUAAUGACUGCUGUUGUAAGAUGCGUAACAAGGAGAUUUUUUAAAUAUACAAGGGCGUUUUAUACUCUGACUUGUCAAAGACACUGGACUGUGAGUGUGUUUCCAAUAUUUACGACCUGCAGGAUAUACAUGAAUAAGCAGCACGGAAUUCAGCCUUUUUACACCCAUUACCUGAGGGUUGACAGGUUCGCCCUCACUCAAAGAGAUGGUGUUUAGAAAUAGCUCACUUUGUCGUCUCACUUAUCUUAUUUUUAAAAGACAGUUAAUUGAAGAAAACAAUAGAUUUGAACAUAGCUUUUCACGUGAUUCAUCAUUUUCAACUUAAUAUUUUAAUCAUUUUGGCUGUUAUGCGUGUACUGGCAAAUGGUGGGCUAUCUGGUUGUUAGGGUCAUUUGAAACCAAAGUGUGCAUUUUGGGGGUAAAUCCAACAUAAAAAGACAAUACAAAGCUAUUUCCAAAUUUCCCUGUUGAAUAGACAGUUUUGAGUUUUCAAAUGACAACAAAAUGAUUAUUAAAACUCCCAAAGGGAUACCACUCCAAUGCAAUUAAACAAUUAGUAACCACUUAGUUUAUUAAUUUUGCAUUCUUUUUUUACCAGAACAUGGUUGACCCUGAAGUGACCUUUUAUAGUUAAUUGCAUAGCCCACUCCCACUUAUUCAACCUGAAAAGAGAUUUGCACUAAGUCGGUUUGUUUCUUUCUUGGAUAAAUAGCAAUAUACUUAAUUAAACAAACACGACCAAGAAAAACAAUGAAGAAAGCUGUCUGUGCACUAAGGUAAUGCUGUGUAAAAGGUGAUAUUUGAAAAGGAUUUUUUUCAUAGAUAAGUAUUGAAUAGCAAAGGUACAGAUUUAAAGCAUAUUACCUCUGGGAUGCAUUUGAAAAUAUUUGAUAAUAGGCACAUUCCAAGUAAACCAUCAACAGUGUCUGAGUCUUGGGCACAAGAGUCUUUGAAUGUUUCCUCUGGGGGAUGUUUUUGACAGAUAGAACUGUACCCAAACACUCUUUGUGCACUCAGUCAACAAACAGAUGGAGAGUAAAAACCAAAAAAAAAAAAGAGAAGAUAAUUACAUUGGCAUUGUGGGCAAAGUCCUCUUCACCUCUCUGGCUUGGACAUUAGUCCAGCCUUCCAAAGAAUUCCACUCCACACAAAUAUAUUGGACAUAGUUACCUGUAUAGAAAUAGCUUGAGGGAGUGACAGAGGAAAUCAUAUAGAUAUUGCUAUCUUCAUUAUAAUUAAUCAUAAAAAAUUAAGUAGCAAUAGUAUCUAUCACUUUAUCUCAGCUUUGUGGUGUUGUUGAAAGACCGUGUUGCAGUUUAAAUCUGUCAUGUGUUAGAGGAAGCAUAAGUAUGUGCCUUGUAAUUUUUCUCGGUGAGCUUGUUAUUGUUGAAAAGCUGAAGCCAGCCAAUUGUGUUUGCACUAAAACCAAAUGCUUUUGUGGUGUAGAGUAUUUAAGCAAGCACGUUACGUCACUUUAACGGUAUGCAUGAGUGUAAAAUUGGUAAGUCCCAGGGCUAGAGCACUCAUCUGUUUAUCAGUGCGUCUUAUAAAAUCCCCUGAAAAUAUCUCUGCUUUGUUCCGUGUUGCUUUACGGUUUGAUACCAUUCCCUUUGUCUUUGCAAUCACUUGCAGACAUGGUCCAUAAAAAACACAUAAAAAAUGAAAAAGGUAAUCUUUUAAGUCAACUAUUGUUUAUUCGUAACCUGAUUGAACAGUUCUAAUGCACAGAAAACAAAAAAAGUAUUUAAAUUUGUAUUUAUUUUUUAUUGAAAAUCAUUAUCUAUGGAUGAUGUAUGAGGUCGCCUCGAGACUAUUGGCCAGUCUGUUUUGGUUAUUUUUGUUAAGUUUUUAAUAUUUUCCUUGAGGAAAUAAAUAAGAGGAAAAUGACAUAGAGAUAUACAUGCUUUGUGUAUGAAAUGCACCUUAUUCAUGCUGAUCUGAAAGAUUGGCUGUGUGAUAUCUAAUUUAGCACCUUACUACACAGCAUGUUUUCACUUUACUGUGUACUUGGCGUUGUGCAACAUUAUGCCUGGUUUACUAUACUGCCAUGCAUAUUAUGUAAAAAAUAAAAAAUAAAUCUUUAUUUUUUGGAAAAUAAUUAAAGGGAUGUGCCAAAGUUUUUGAGGCGAUCUCCCAAGUUUUCUUUCAUAGUAUUUUUAUUCCCUCCAGGCUUAGUUAUAACAUUGGUAUGAUGUUUCCCAUAAUAACCUGUUAGAAGACAAUUUAUUUUAGUUGACAGUAUUCUUACUUGCCAUUUACAGUUUGCCCUGUAUUUCACGUAUAUUUACCAGUGAUGUGUAUUUGUUAUUAUAAAGAAAGUAGCUGUAAUGCUUCAUUAUGUUACAUAUUAUUGUGACUUUUUCAAAAAAAAAAAAAUACUGUGAAGACUUAUCUUGCAUAUACUUUAUACAGAAGUAUUAAGCCUUAAUACAAAAGACUAAAAAAAAACCCUGUGUGGAAGAAUAAACUGAUUGUUGCUAAGUAAGGAGGAUUUUUUGUAAAUGUUACCAGCACUUUUUUUUUUUUUUUUGUAAUUUUCACUUUCUGAGGUAUUGUACAAGUUCACGCUGUUUGUGAAGUUUGAAUAUGAAGGAAUAAAAACUCUAGUACUUUCCUGUACUUUA